AUGAGUGAUAAUACAAGCGAAAAUUUAUACAAUGAGCUUAUGGUAGGUGUAGCCCAUAAUCAAAUACAAGAAAUUCGCGUAUUAUUUUACAAAUACAUCUUAAAUUCGAUAACAAUAGAUGAAGCUCGAAAAUCAUGCAAAGAAAUAACAGGAUCUACUGAUUGCAUUGAAAAAUUACAUAAGUUUAUCGAACUUCAAGACACUCCUUUGAUUUACAAUAAUAAAUUCGAAUUUUCAUCAAUACGUAAAAAUAAUAGUUGGUCAUCAAUAGAAGAUCAACGUCUGAUAUCUGCUAUUCAUAAAUAUGGUACAUCAAACUGGGGAUUAAUUCGAGAUUUUAUUGGAACCAAGAGAUCAUCAGCACAAUGUUCGCAAAGAUGGCUUAGAUCACUUAACCCUCUAAUAAAUAAAUCUCAUUGGACUCCAGAAGAGGAUUAUAGGCUCUUAAAUGCUGUACAAAAGUUUGGAGAAAAAUCUUGGACAAAAAUAGCAGCAGAGUUGAGUGGACGAACAGACUGUCAGUGUCGGUAUAGAUACCAACAAAUAGCGAAGAAAUUUCCUGCAGACCUAGGGGUUAAUGCUAACGACUAUAUAUCCAAGUACUGUACCGAAUGUAUAAUGAAAAAUUCUGAAAUUAAUAAAGAAGAAAAUCCUCCUGCUAAGAUUAUUAAGGAUGAUAAUGACGUAUCGAUAUUUGAAAUGAUGACAGAGCUCUUUGAAUGA